GAGUCACUCACUCUCUGUUCGGCGCUCGGUUCGGCCAGAGGUUCGGCGAGUGUUGCUUCAAGUUUCAAGUGGCAGAGCACAGCCAGAUCUAGGCCUGGGCCCUCAGACCUGAGUGACUGACUCAGCGUCUUCGACAGCAUCCAACUAGUGGCCUGUGUAAUCAGCCAGACGACCAUUGCUACCAUCGCUACCACGGCUACCACGGCUACCACCCCCACCUGAUGAUCGUCCACCCUUAAGACUCAGCCCCACGUCAGCCCUCAAUCCCCUAGGCCCGUUGAGUCUGUUCACCUGGAUGUUAGUCUAAAAGCCAUUGGUUUGUUUGUCUGGCCGUUCUUUUGGUCGCUCCGCUCCUGGGUCAGAUCGCUCUCGCUAAAGGAAGCCGGGCCCGCUGCCGCUGGCUGGCCCGUUCGCUCCCUGUGUGUGUGUCAACCAUUGGCGGGACGGGAAAAUAAAGCGGGCAGAGAAAUCCAUCCUAUCCACUGACCCGAGUCUGGCUGAUACAGGGAGGGUUGGGUGGACCCGGCCCCUGGGCAGAGUGGCAGGCACUCCUGCUCUUUUCCUCAUGCAGGUCUGAUUGGUCCCCUUUGGCUGACUCGUCAAACACGAACACACACACAUACGUAGACACACGUAGACCCACGUACAGCAGGCCGCCCGCCAGUCUCACACAUUCACAUGGGAAACCACCUGGGCGGGCCGUUAUUUUGACCAGAGUCGAUUGAUUUUACCGUUGCCCGGUGGCUUAAGUGGCUUGGACGGAGUCUGGCGAACUUUUCACUCGAUCCUUUCUGGUUCUGAUGUCCACGGUUAUAUCUAAACUAACCCGUCAGCCUUCAACGCCAGGAUAUUGAGAUAUCCUCCGGGGUUGCUCGUCCGGUGCCGUUAAAAUAUCUGGACCGUCAGGUUACGUACGUACGUUACUCGUGGGCCCACCAUCAUGUCCAUGCGGGUUUGGGCCUUGUGUUGGGUCUGCCUCGCCUGGUUAGCCGUAGUUCCGGUGGUCGAAUCGAAAGUGGUCCUGGUGGGCGAAGACGACUGGAAAAUGUUGCUGGAAGGCGAAUGGAUGAUCGAAUUUUUUGCACCCUGGUGUCCGGCUUGCCGUGCUCUCCAUCGCACCUGGGAGGAGUUCUCGACCUGGACCCAUGACCUGGGUUUGGAUGGCGUGGCUCAAGUGGAUGUGACGGAAAACCCCGGGCUGUCCGGACGAUUUGUCGUCACGGCCCUACCCACCAUCUAUCAUGUGAAAGACGGCGUGUUCCGUCAAUACCGUGGGGCGCGAGACAAAGACAGUUUCAUUUCGUUCGUCGAAGACAAGCAAUGGCAACAACUCGACCCUAUCCCGUCCUGGAAGAAUCCGGAUUCCUUUCAAAUGACGGCCGUAUCCUACUUCUUCAAGAUGUCCAUGGCUCUUCGCAACAUUCAUACCGUCAUCACCGAGGACUACGGUUACCCCUACUGGGUGUCUUACGUGAGUUUCGCAGUGGCCACCAUCAUCCUAGGAGCCGUUCUCGGACUGGCCUUGGUAUGUUGCAUCGAUCUCAUCAACCCUCCCAAACGUGACUCUCAUUACCACGAAAUUGUGCCUCCAUCUGAUGCUCAAAAGAAGAAGGAUGACGAUCUUCACGACAAGAAUAGGGAUGAUUCCGAUGAUCAAGACGAGUUGCCCGAAGACGAACAAGAGGGUGAAGGAGUUGAAAAGAAAGCAGGACCUUCCGAAAGCGGUGCUGUUCGUAAAAGGCGAGCAAAACGAGCGGAUUGAGUGGUGUGCUUUGUCUUGGAUUUUAAAUCGGAUAUCAUGAACCAAAUAAGUGUUUUCCGUCACAUUUGCCUAAUUCCCCGUUACCGAACCUCUCAAUGAGGCAACCUGUGAAAAUUGCACUGUCAGAACUACGUCAUGCAUCAGUCUUUUUACAAGAAAAUCCUCGUCAAUAACGGCA